AAGGACAUGCGUUCUAGAUUUUGGGCUGCAUACAAAAAGGUGUCGGGUGAACACGACGACAACAUGUUCGAAAGGUGUAAUGACAAUAUGAAUAUACUAUUGACCUUCGCUGGCCUGUUCUCCGCCGCCAACACUGCAUUCAUCAUUGCGAUGCAGCCGAAUCCUGUUGAUACCACCAAUGCUCUUUUAGUCCAGCUUAUCCAGAUCACACUGUACGGCCCCUCUGCAGCCCAGCCAACGACCCUUUCGUCCUCCACCAACUACUUUCCCAUCUUCUGGACGCAGGCACUUUCAUAUAUGAGCCUCGCCCUCAGUCUUCUCGCUGCAUUUGGUGCCGUUAUGGGCAAACAAUGG